UCUACUAGUGCUAUUGGCAAUUCUCUACAAGACGCAAUCCUCAAUUCCUCUCUUUGACUCGCUAAAAGAGCACAAGAAUCCGGCUCUCGUCCCACAAUUUCUUUCCCCUGCGCGCCAUCAAGCUUUGUGCAUGCAAAAUGAUGGCAAAGAUAUUCACUCCCGAAGUCGUGAAGGACCCGUGCACAAUGGGCUGUCCAAUGAUCCCUACCUCCUGUCCGGAGACCAAGUUCUACGGCAAUUGUCCACCGACCCGGAUGAUGGGCUCUCUGAUGCGGAAGCCGGGGCCCGAAUGACCAAAUUCGGGCUCAAUGAGCUCGAUACUGGUGCCGGUGUGAGUGUGGUUCGGAUUUUAUUACGACAGCUGUUCAAUGCCAUGGGUUUGGUUCUCAUAAUGGCCAUGGUUGUUUCCUUUGCUAUCCAAUCUUGGAUCGAGGCGGCCGUUAUUACUGCUGUUGUUAUCGUCAAUAUCAUUGUCGGCUUUUUGCAAGAAUAUAGUGCGGAGAAGACCAUGGAUUCGCUAAGGUCCCUAUCUUCGCCCACCGCAUCUGUUAUUCGAUCGGGCCAAUCGAAGACUGUUCGCUCGGUCGAUAUUGUGCCCGGAGACAUCAUCGAAGUCAAAACGGGAGAUACCAUCCCCGCAGACGUUAGGCUAAUAGAAGCAAUGAAUAUGUCUCACUAUCUCUUAAUUUAUAAGUUAAAUGAAGCGCUAUUGACUGGAGAGUCAUUGCCCAUUCCUAAAGAUGCCAAUGCUACUUUCAAGGGGGGAGAGGAUAUCGGUGUUGGCGAUCGUAUCAACAUGGCUUACUCGAGUUCUACUGUCUCCAAGGGCCGUGCAAAAGCGGUAGUUGUGACAACUGGUAUGCAAACUGAGAUUGGAAAAAUCGCUCAAUCCCUGCGCAACGAUAAAUCAAGAGCUCGAAAGGUGCGCCGCGACGAGGAGGGAAAUGCCGGAAUUCAUCGGUACCUGCAAGCCGGCGCCCUGACAGUUACUGACCAAAUCGGUUAUUCUCUAUGCUGUUGCUACUGGCCUUUCAAUGAUCCCGGCUAG